AUGACUUCCGCCAACUUUGCUGCCGCUCAGAGAAGGGUACUAGAGCGUCGCCAGCGUCUAGAGUUGGAAGCCCAGACCCGCCAUGCGGAACAGCAACGUGCAUCGCGUAUCAAUUCCGCGGCACUCGAGAAAUUACCAGGUCCUUUGAAUAGGCUAGCACAGUCUGGCUUUCUGAUAUGGGAUAAGGUGAAAGGUCGGGAUGGAACAAAGCCUAUAUUUAGGGUUGGUCAGGUCGAUGCAGAAUUAUUAGACGAAGAGUUACUCGGCUUGCUUAAAGGGCAAGUCGGGGAAGCUCUAAAAUAUUUUGGGGCUCAUGCCCGCGACGAAUGGUCGAGCGAGAUUCAACUAGCACUGCGAGCUAUACUCUUCAAACUUUCCAUCUGGGACCACGAUGCUUCAUACGGCGCAUCACUACAAGGUCUACAAUACGUCGAUAGCCGAUCUAAAUCCGUCGUCUCGACACCACCUACAACAUGGCAGAAAUCGUUAUAUGGUCUCUUCACCGUGGGAGGACGUUAUGCCUGGGAAAAGUGGGAAAGUUGGUUGAUAGAACGUGAAAAUGGCUAUGAUGAGCCGUCGACCGAUAUUCGACUUCUGUCUAGAAUAACAAACCUCGUAUCAACGACCCAUUCAAUCGCAGCCUUUGUUUCUUUCCUAGUCUUCCUCGUGAACGGUCGAUACCGUACUCUGAUUGAUCGAAUAAUCCGCAUUCGACUUGCGCCUCCAUCGAAUCAGGUCAGUCGGGAAGUAUCCUUCGAAUAUCUCAAUCGGCAAUUAGUUUGGCACGCAUUUACAGAAUUUCUACUGUUUCUUCUUCCGCUUGUUGGAAUAGGUCGCUGGCGACGCUGGAUUGCUCGAGCGUGGAAGAAGACGAUGGAUACACUCAAAGCGUCAGAUGACGGUAAUUGCGCAACGAAAGAGAAGCAGGGCCAAUUUGCUUUUCUUCCAGAGCGAACAUGCGCGAUUUGUUAUCAGGACCAGAAUCCGACAUCGACUUCCGAGGCUGAUAUUCUUGGAUCCGCAUCGGGCGGUAUCAUUGGCUCAGCGCAAACCGAUAUCACGAACCCAUACGAAACGAUACCCUGCGGAUGUAUAUAUUGCUUCGUCUGCAUUACAGAAAAACUCGAAGCCGAAGAGGGCGAAGGCUGGUCCUGUCUGCGCUGUGGUGAGAUUGUAAAACAAUGCAAGCCUUGGAACGGCGAUGUUCUUGAGGAGGUACCCCGGUCAAGCUCGAGCGGCAAGGUUGUUGGGUUUGCAGUCGCAGAGGACGAAGAGGAACCUGCCAUACAUGGGCAUGAAGACGAGACAACAGCCGAUGCAGAUGAACAUGAUGAUAAUCAAUUGAGCGACAUUGUCGCUAAUGAUACACUUGAAAGUUCAAAGACGUGGUCUACAAUAGACAGGGAAACGUCAGCAGACGAGUUUGAGUCGGCGACGUAA